GUGCUUGCUGCAAUGGGCAGUUGUUUGAGCUCUUCUAGAGAUCGCUCGAGACCUUCUAGUGCCGAUAUCCAGAUCGGUAGCGUACAAUUAUCUGCGAUUUCGAUCGGGAAAAAUCAAGCCCUCCGAAAUGAGCCUUUGAAGUGGAAAAGUGAAGUGCCCUUGACGGAGGGGCAAUUGAGAUCAAAACGGGACGAGUUCUGGGACACGGCACCAGCGUUCGAUGGCCGCAGAGAAAUCUGGGACGCCUUGAGAGCCGCCGCAGUGGCCUCAGAGAGCAGUGACUAUUCUCUAGCUCAAGCCAUAGUGGACGGAGCCAACAUCUCAUUGCCGAAUGGGACUCUUCUGGACUGCUACGAUGAGCUUGGCAACCGUUAUCAGCUACCGAUAUACUGUCUCUGUUCUCCGAUAAAUCUAGUCGAAGACUCUUCUUCUUCUAUGAGCGAUUCGCCAUCCCCUGAAAGUGAGCCUUAUCUUAGCGGCGAGGAAAUUAUUUUGAAAGUUCGGACAUCGACGCUGGGCCCCGACCGAAAACUGAACGUGAGAACUGGAGAAUCAAUCCUCCAUGCUAAGCGGAGACUCCAAGCAUCGAUCGAUGUUGACACGUCUUCUCAGCGAUGGUUCUUCGGCGGAAAACUGCUCCAGGACAAGCAGAAAAUCAGUGAUACUAAACUACAGUCAGGACACGUAGUCCAGGUCGCCAUUCCUCCAGCACAGACGUGAGGAGAUGAGGAAGAAAUCCUCUGCCGUCUUCCCCAGGAUACGGACGGACAGACGGAGCAGCAGAGGACGAUGGCCGUGAGCACACCAGUGAGGGUAAUCAGGAAGAGUUUGUGGUAAUCGGAAAGAGUUUGUAGUAAUCGGAUGCCUAGAUCUACGUUAAAUAAUGAUAAUAAGUUGAAGCCAUUGUGUUCACAUGACCUGUACCGUGAUAAAAUAUCAGGGUAUCUCCCGAGAUCCGAACGCCUUGGGGAUUUUGGACCCAGUUCCUGCGAUUUCAGCGGGAGUCGUGUCGACGUCCAUAGAGGGGUUGUCAUAGUCGAGUGGAAAGGAAAUCAAUGAGAUAGUUCAGACAUCAAUCUGGAUCUAGGCAACUAGGGUAAUGAAACUGUAUUCGAUCACUUGUGCCAUGGAAUCUCAGAGUCAUCCUUGGGGGAUCGAUGUUGUAUUUAUGUUGUACAGUUAUCCUUAUAUUACCUGAGCAUUCUCAGGAAUGUGAGUACUUGCGAGCGUGACUGCAUGUACGGAGAAUAAUCAAAGAUAGUCUUCUGGAGCGCGUGCGAAAGCCCAGAAUGAUUUAUUGUCCACACCUCGAGCCUCCUCCGGGACGAGGAGCGUGAGACGGACGACUGUGUGAAGAUAUCUCUAUUGAGUUCAAUGUACAGCAUCUGAAUUAAAGAGAAACUCAAUUUUCGGU